UAGGCCGAACCUUCACACACUCCAACAAUCCAGCUACCCCCGCCGGCUUCUCUCUCUGUCUCUCUCUCUCUCUGCAAAUCAAACACAAUGAGCUCCUGGGACAACUGGGUCGAACACUCCCUUGACAAACUUGAAGGCCUGCAACUCCUCCGGUCUCUUCGACCCAUCUACCUCCGCAAUGAACCACCACCGUCGAAGACGACGACCUCCAAGUCUUCCACCAAAUGCAGCUCUGGGACCGUUCCUCCGUGGAGGUCCACAUUCCCGAAUCAACGUUCCAGAAAUGGCUCAGUGACAUCCCCAGUUCCGGGGAUGAGGAGGAUACCCGGAAAUUUAGGCUGUUGUUGUUCUCUGGAAAUGAUUAUCUGGGCUUGAGUUCACAUCCCACCAUUGGAAAUGCUGCUGCCAAGGUUGUAGUUUUGACAUUACAUUAGUGGGCUUGAGUUCACAGACUUGAAGAAGAAAGAGAUCCAGUUGCACAAUGCGGAAGAAAGUUGUUGUGACUGAUAGCUUGUUUAGAAUGGAUGGAGACUUUGCACCAAUGACCGAGCUGGUGAAGCUAUGCAAGCAGCAUGACUUUCUGUUAGUCAUUGAUGAUGCUCACGGAACCUUUGUUUGCGGCAAAAAUGGUGGUGGAGUGGCUGAGGAAUUCCAUUGUGAAAGAGAUGUUGACAUAUGUGUUGGCACUUUGAGUAAGGCUGCAGGUUGCCAUGGUGGGUUCAUUGCAUGCUGCAAAAGAUGGAAGCAACUCAUACAGUCACGAGGACGCUCCUUUAUAUUUUCAACUGCUGCACCAUUACCAAUUGCUGCUGAGGCCCAUGCUGCUGUUAUUGGAAAGGAAACAUGGCGUAGAAGGGCAAUUUGGAGUCGGGUGCAAGAUUUUCUGCUCUCACUGGAAUUCCCAUAAAGUCCAAUAAUAUCGCUUGUCGUAGGGAGCGAAGAGAAGACUUUGAAAGCGAGCCGGUUUUGUUUCUCUCCCUCUCUGUUUCUCUCUCUCUCUACACACACACACAGUUGUUUGUAUGCAGCUUAUUUUUCACCUACAUCCCACUAGACUAACUUUUUUUAUCAUCAUUGGACCGGGUUUCCAUGUGACUGCAAUCAGACCCCCAACGGUGCCGCCCAACUUAUGCAGGUUCGUAGCAAGUCUAUGUUGACUUUUUUCCUUCUGCUAUUGUUACUUACAAGCUUGGAUUGAACAAGCUGCAUCUUGUUCUUGCUGUAAUGAUGCUUUGCUAGCUACCUGAUUCACAAUCCUUGUCUAAGUCAGAAAAAGUUGUACCCCUUGACUAAAUUGACAAUGUAUCUGAGUCUAGUCUAGAUUGUAGAUUGUAUUCAGGCAGUUGUACAGAUUUAACUCUACCAUAUUCUGUACAAAGGUUAAUAGUGUGAAUAUACUGCCAAAAUGAAUGGGACUAGUAUAUAACUACGACCAGAUAUCAAAUGUUGAAUAAUUUCUAAUCAAACUUUGGCAUAAACGUAUGCUUGGACAAAUGUGGGUCUGUACUAUGCACUCCAUAAUGGUUGGGUUGUGUUGUUUCUG